GGCGAGAGCGGCGUGCCUCUUCUCGCAGGUGGCAGCCGGCAGCGCCAUGAGACGUCCCGUUCCUCCUCCUCCUCGCCUUCCUCUCCGGCGCUAAGUCAAUGCCAUGCUGCCGCUGCUCCUGCCGGCGCUGCUGGCCGCCUGCCUGCCGCCCUGCCAGGGCUGGAGCCCCUCGGCGGCCGCGGGCGGGCAGGAGGAGCAGGAGCUCUUCUCGCCUCCUGCGAACUCCUCCCGCUCCCCGGCCGGCCUCGAGAUGGACCUCGACGGGGCGGCGAGCAAGGAGGACGGCGGCACCGCCAGCCCGGGCACGCCGGCGACCCCCAGCCGAGAGCCGUCCCCUUCUGCCCCCACCUCCGCGGGGCAGCAGCAGCAGCAGCAACAGCAGCCGCGGCUCCAGCAGCCUCAGCUCGCCGAGGACCCGCACUGCAAUAUCAGCGUGCAGCGGCAGAUGCUGAGCUCGCUGCUGGUGCGCUGGAGCCGCCCGCUGGGCAUCCAGUGCGACCUGCUGCUCUUCUCCACCAACAGCCACGGGCGGGCCUUCUUCUCGGCCGCCUUCCACCGCGUGGGGCCGCCGCUGGUCAUCGACCACCUGGGGCUGGCGGCCGGCGGCGCCCAGCAGGACUUGCGGCUCUGCGUGGGCUGCAGCUGGGUGCGGGGCCGCCGCGUCGGGCGGCUGCGGGGCUCGGCGCCCCAGCCCCAGCCUCAGCAUCAGCCCGCGGCCUCCUCGCUCUCCUACCCGCCGGCGGCCGAGCCCGGCCAGUACUGGCUGCAGGGGGAGCCGCUCAACUUCUGCUGCUUGGAUUUCAGCCUGGAGGAGCUGAAGGGCGAGCCGGGCUGGCGGAUGAACCGUAAGCCCAUCGAGUCCACGCUGGUGGCGUGUUUCAUGACUCUGGUCAUCAUCGUGUGGAGCGUGGCCGCCCUCAUCUGGCCGGUGCCCAUCAUCGCCGGCUUCCUGCCCAACGGCAUGGAGCAGCGCCGCAGCGCCGGCACCGCCGCCGCCGCCAACAAGUAGCCAUCCCGGGGACCCCCAUCCUUCGUCGUGUGCUGUGAGGGACGCGGGCGGGCCGGAAUUCGCGCGCUGCCCCUCCUGACGCGUUUGUUCUCGUGUGAAGCGUGUGAAGGUGCGCUGCGCGAGCGGCCGCCUGAGGGGAUCCGCUGCCCCUCGGCCCCGCCGCCGCCACGACCAGAUCCUGUGUGCUCGUUUUGUACCUUUAAUAACCGUUUUAAACGAACUUUUUAGUAAAAAGAAAAAAAGAAAAAGAAAAAAAGAAAAAAAAAAAGCGUUCCCCUCCAAAAUCUACGCGGAAAAUAAAAGACCCUCCCGUUCAACCGCAA